UCCUCUUUCUUCCCGCCCCCGCCUCCCUCCCACCGCGGCGUGAUUCCAGCGCCGACCACCUACACUACACAAAACCCUAGCCAGUCCCUUCCCCUCCCCUCCAGCCCGUCCCCACCUCGCAUGCUCGCACCCCUCUUCUCCCGAAACCCCAGCCUCCUCUUCCUCCCCGCAGUCGUCCGCAUCGCCCGCGGAGCAAUGUCGGCCUCGCCGGCCGCCAAGGCGACCGUCUCCGUCGAGUACGCCAAGUCCGGGCGCUCCUCCUGCAAGGGCUGCAGCGCCACCAUCGCCAAGGGCGCGCUCCGCCUCGGCGCCUCCGCGCGCGACCCUCGGGGCUACGACAGCACCAAGUGGUACCACGUCGCCUGCUUCCCCGUCUCCUCGCACCCGCUUGGCCCCGUCGAGGAGGUCGAGGGGUUCGACUCCAUUAAGGAUGACGAUCGCGAGGAGCUGCGAGAGAUUGAGAAGAAUAAUAAGAGCGACCAGACUGCUGUCAGUCCAUUGGAAGUACCAAGUCCGAAGAAAGCAAAGGUUUCGCCUAAAGCAGAGGUGGCAGAAAAAGGAAGUGUGUCUGUUGAAUACGCCAAGUCCGCCCGUUCCACCUGCAAGGCCUGCAAUGCAAGCAUCGCCAAGGGCGCUCUUCGCAUUGGCGUCUCAGCCCAUGACCCCCGUGGCUUUGACAGCACCAAGUGGUACCAUGUCGCCUGCUUCCCCGCCUCCUCGCACCUGCUUGGCCCCGUCGAGGAGGUCCAGGGGUUCGACUCCAUUAAGGAUGACGAUCGCGAGGAGCUGCGAGAGCUCGAGAAGAAUAAUAAGAGAGACCAGACUGCAGUCAGUCCAUUGGAAGUACCAAGUCCGAAGAAAGCAAAGGUUUUGCCUAAAGCAGAGGUGGCAGAAAAAGGAAGUGUCUCUGUUGAAUACGCCAAGUCCGCCCGUUCCACGUGCAAGACCUGCAAUGCAAGCAUCACCAAGGGCGCUCUUCGCAUUGGCGUCUCAGCCCAUGACCCCCGUGGCUUCGACAGCACCAAGUGGUACCAUGUCGCCUGCUUUCCCACCUCGUCGCAUCCGCUAGGCCCUGUUGAGAAGCUCAAGGGGUUCGAAUCCAUUAAGGAUGACGAUCGUGAGGAGUUACGGGAGCUAGAGAAGAAUAAAAAGGGAGACCAGGCUGCAGUCGGUCCAGUGGAACUAUCAAGUCCGAACAAAGGAAAUUCCCAUAUAUCUUUACCUGAAGUGGAGGUGGCUGAAAAGUCGUCUCCAGGGAACAAAACAGUUGGUACAGCGAUACCCUUUUCGCCUUCUGAUAUCAAGAAAACAUACAAGGAUGCUACCCUUCCCACUCAUUGGAAGGCUUUUGAUACCGUUAUUUUCCGUGAGCAGGAUGAUGGCCUUCAUGCUUCAGCUAAGAUUGCUGCGUUUGAUUUCGACGGGUGCCUCGCCAAAACCUCAGUGAAGAUCAUUGGUGCAGACAAGUGGUCUUUACAGCAUAAAUCAAUUCCUGACAAGCUGCAAAGCCUGUACAAUGAUGGCUACAAGUUGGUCAUAUUCACCAAUGAGUCAAACAUUGAGCGCUGGAAGAAUAAGCGGCAGCAAGCUGUUGACUCAAAAGUUGGACGCCUUGACAACUUUAUUGAGUGUGUUAAAGUCCCUAUUCAGGUUUUCAUUGCGUGUGGUACUGGGAAAGGAAAAGGCACACCGGAUGAUCUGUUUCGCAAACCAAAUUCAGGAAUGUGGUGGUUGAUGGCAGAGCAUUUCAAUUCUGGAAUUGCCAUCGACAUGGACCAAUCUUUCUAUGUUGGUGAUGCUGCUGGGAGAGAGAAUGAUCAUAGUGACGCAGAUAUAGAAUUCGCUAAGGCCAUCGGUCUGAAGUUUCACGUUCCUGAAGAAUUCUUCGGUCCCUAGCCGUUCACUGUGAGCAGCUAUGUUAGGUGGUGAAUAAGAUGGUUUACCAAUUGCCGUAGGUCGGUGUCUCAUGUUUGGAACCUAAGAAUGCCACAGUUAUUCUUACGUUGCAAGAUCGCUGUUUAAACUUGCCGUAGACCUUUGCCGUAGUAUCAUGCCUGUUCGUCUAGGAUCGACUUGAAUCAAUGUACUGGAGGCGGGGAACUGUUGGGAUCUGAGUCAAUGCCAUACUGGGACUCGUCGAUCACUGAUUUCUAUCGCCCAGUUGACUCGUAUAAUUGUCACCAGUGUCAAAUGCGGGUUCACGUCCGCUUACCUCGUGUCCCAAAAGGCAAAAGACACCGUUUUUCUC